UUCAUUGGUUUCUUGUUUGAGCCUCCUCUUAUUACAUGACAAGAAAAAUAAUGGCUACUCUUACCUCAAAUCUAAGCCUUAGCCCACAAUACACUGUCCCCAAAGACUAUCCACCCCAUGGUUCUAUAGUUGAGGAAAUACAAGGUCUUAUUAGAGUACACAAAGAUGGAUACGUGGAACGACCUCAAGUUGUUCCAUGUGUCACUGCUAGUGCUUUGAGUCCUGACCUAAAUAAUGUGACAUCUAGAGACAUGGUCAUAGACAGUGUCACAAACACAUGGGCACGUUUUUAUGUUCCAACUAGCCAACACAAGUUACCAUUGCUAGUUUAUUUUCACGGUGGAGGCUUUUGUGUUGGUUCUGCAGCUUGGAGUUGCUACCACGAUUUCCUUGCAAGGCUAUCAUCGAAAGUGGGGUGUGUGAUCAUGUCAGUGGACUAUCGAUUGGCCCCAGAGAACCCUCUCCCAGCACCCUAUGAUGAUGGACUAAAGGCCCUAAUGUGGGUGAAACAACAAGUGCUGCAUCAGCAACAGAAUAGUGAAUGGUGGAGCACAAAGUGCAACUUUUCUAGUGUCUUCUUAGCGGGGGACAGUGCGGGUGCUAACAUAGCAUACAACGUGGCCACGAGGAUAUCUGCAUGUGAUGAUGGUGCUGCUUUGAGGCCUUUGAAUUUGAAGGGUCUUAUUUUGAUACAACCCUUUUUCGGUGGGGAAGUGAGGACACGUUCCGAGAAGUGCAUGGCUCAACCCAAAGGUUCUGCUUUGAACAUGGAAGCGUCUGAUACCUAUUGGCGCUUGGCGUUACCUUAUGGUGAGAACCGUGACCAUCCUUGGUGCAACCCUUUGGUGAAAUUGGAGGACUUGAAGGUGUUGCGUACGUUGGUGUGCAUCUCGGAGAUGGACAUAUUGAGGGAUAGGAAUUUGGAGUUUUGUGAGGCUUUGAUGAGGGCAGGGAAAAGGGUUGAGUAUGGGGUGUUCGGUGGUGUUGGACAUGCAUUUCAGAUUCUAAGUAAGUCUCAGCUCUCUAAGAGUAGGACCAAGGAAAUGAUGGCUCGUGUUAAGUCCUUCAUGGGUGUCUGAUUCUCUGCGUUACUGUUGCUGCUUCAUGACUAUCUCUGUAAAUAAAAUUAACUGUUGCUGAAAAGUAAACUGGCUAUUGUAAAUUGUUAAAUCUUCAUCAAGGAAUCGAGAAGAUCGUGUUAAUAUAAUGGAAAAAACUUCUUUGAGGUAUUUAAGUCU